GGAUGUCCAGAGCUGACUGGGGGUUUCUGGAGCACCUGCUAGAGGAAGGCCAGGAGUACUCGACGGGCGUAGGACGCGUGUGGCUGACCGUCCUCUUCCUCUUCCGCAUGCUUGUGCUUGGCACGGCUGUGGAAUCUGCAUGGGACGACGAGCAGUCUGACUUCGUCUGCAACACCAAACAGCCCGGCUGUGAGUCCGUCUGCUAUGACAAGGCCUUCCCCAUAUCCCACUUCCGUUACUUUGUCCUUCAGGUCAUCUUCGUCUCAACUCCGACCAUUUUCUACUUCGGCUACGUGGCCUUGAGGGCUAGAAAUGAGAAGAGGCCAGAGGAAAAGCUGGAGGAAGAUGGCAGAAGGCAUAGACAUCGAAAGACCAACGCCUGUAUAUUAGAAGUAAUAAAAGAGGAAGACGAAGAUGGGAGUGAAACUGAAAAGAACCGCAAAGCGCUGGAACCUCCAAAGCUUAAAGGGAAACUGCUGUGCGCUUACGCGGCGAGCAUAAUAGUGAAAGUUCUCAUCGAAGUUGGCUUCAUCCUGGGUUUAUGGAUACUUUAUGGGUUUGUGAUCGAGGCCAAGUACGUGUGUGAGAGGCUUCCCUGUCCUCACACGGUUGACUGUUUCGUCUCACGACCAACAGAAAAAAACAUCUUCACCAUAUACACACAAGUCAUCGCCGUAGUGUCGAUUCUCCUCAACGUUGUGGAGCUUUUCCAUCUGCUUCAGUUGGUGAUAACACGUCGACUAGAGAAGAAAUAUCAGGCAGAGGUGCAGAUUCAUAAUAGAGUUAGAACAGCACCAUCUAAAGCUCAACAACCAUCAUUUGAGGAAAGGAACCAUCUCUUUCUUCCUGUAGCACAUGGUGGAUACCCUACCGAAGGGUUGGAUUGGGAAAAAAGAGACCCUUCCUUGGCAGAAGACAUGCUUCCAAGCUACUCAAACUGCAUUAGGAAUAUGAAGCCUGCAAUAAACAAAAACAAUCUUCCUAAAAAGCACCUCAAGGCUGAUGACAAACCGAGACAUUAUGUUUGA